AUGUCUCUUGCAGCUCGGGAAUCCGGCUUGGUGACAGGGACGAGCGCCAACCCGGCAGGUCCGACGAGAGCGGGCGUGACCCCCACGCUCUCGAGGGAAACGCUGCGGUGGGUGCAGAGCUUGGACUUGGCCUAUUCCGUCAAGAACGUCAAGCGCGAUUUCUCCAAUGGAUUCCUGGUGGCCGAGAUAUUCAGCCGGUACUACGACAAGGACGUCCGCAUGCACGGUUUCGACAACGGAACAGCCACGAGGGUCAAGAGAGAUAACUGGGGGCAGCUCACGAGGUUCUUCAAGAAGGUGGGACUCUCCGACCUGACAACUCCCGAAGAGGUUAACGCCAUCAUUCUUGCGGAAGAGGGCGCCGUAGUAGCCUUUAUCAGCCGUGCCUACGAGAGGCACGGGGCUGCAGGUAGUGCGGACGGCGCUGAAGGGGGCCGAGCUUUCGGACGUGGAGGACGAAACGGUCCAGAGGGCCGCGGCGCGGACAGAAAUGAACAAGUGGAACUCCCGAAAGUAUCCGUCCGAGAGAUACAGGUGAAGCAGGUGGACCGGAACAUCGCCCAUCUGCGUGCGAACCAAGACAUGGCGUCGGGUGCGGGAAGCGGAGGCGGCCCGGCGUCGGUGGGCGGCGGUGGGGGGGGUGCGCCGCGCGGGGUGAUGAGCAGGGCCAGCAGCAACGCCAGUGAGCCUCGACCGCCCUUGGGAGCCCCAUCUUCCGUGGGGAGGGGAGGGGUCGCGCUAGAGGGGGCGGUGGCAGUGAUGAACGCCUGCGUUCUUCGGAGAAUAUCGGAGGCGGAGCUGGGCGGAGACCCGAACACGGACCCGUCCGAUUCUUUCGCGGCGGCGCUGCUGUCUCUCGCGGCCGGGGACGGUGCGAACACUGGAGGAAAAGGGUUCUCGGAGAGCGCGGCACUAACGGUUCUCUCCGAACUAGGAGCUCAAGCGCACCAAAUCGCGGAUGCUGCGCUGUUCAGCCCGAAGCAGUACUGGAGGGCGUCCGCGCUUUUGUGCUCGCUCCUGCUGGGGUUGCCGGGGGACUCCGCAGCUUUCACGGCGGCAGCGGCGGCUCUCAGGGCGAUCGGAGUGCAGUGCUCGGGGCGGGAGCCGUCUACUUCGUUUCAUCUGUUCUGCGACUUCACGCUGCCCAGGCUGGCCCCCGCUUUGGCCGCUGAUGCCUCCAAGCGCCCGAAGAUUCUGAGAAUUUUCUACGCGUUUGUGUCCGCCGGCGUUUUCGCUCGCGUUCAGGCCAUAAAGCGUCUACAAGAAGCGCUGCCCGAUGGAAACGCCUUCCUCAGCUCGCUGUCCUGCCUCGCACACGAAGAAGACGAGUUUGACGGGCCGUUGCUGGACUUGUACCUCCACUACUGCUCGGUGGGACUGGGUUCUCCGUCCUCCGGCGUGCGCGCCGCUUGCGUUGGGAUGUUGGGGCCGCUGCUGCUGCGGUCGUCGGAGUCAAUGAGAGACUUCUUGUCCACCAUGAUGAAGAUGGCGCAUGAGGAUCCCAGCUGGGAGGUACAGGCUCAGGUGGUGGUUGCGUCCUGCGCGGUUCUCGAGGCUUUCCCUCACGACUCUGAUCGACUUGGUGAUGAGAAAACAACGCUCCUGUCGACAAUUGCGAAAUGCCUUCACCCGGCGGCGCCCGCUGAGGUUCGGAAGAUUGGGCUCUCCGCGGUGGCGCCGGUGAUGUCACGCUCGGUGUCCACCCUGCCGCCCGUGUUCAUCUCGGUGCUCGUGUCUCUGGCACCCACCGACAGAGAGGCCAUGCUCGGGCUGGUCGACAAGCCAGUGUCCCCGACAACGCCUGGCGAGGAGGAUCGCCUUCGGAUUGAAACCCAGAACGGCACGAUCCGUCUGUUGCCGCUCCCGUUGGAGUGGGACAGCCUCGCCGUUGCCCGAGCGCUGUCGGAAGAAGUGGAGGGAGAUCAAGACGUCGAUAUCGGCAGUCCCACGGGCUUGGCAUAUAUGCAGGUCCUGGCGGCGUGCGUGGCGUCCCAGUGCAACCGUGAAGGAGAUGCGGGGCUGGAUCAAGCUCCGCUGGGUCAAGAGUGGGUCGAGGUCUUCGAACGCCUGGGACACCGCGUCUUCGAGGCCUUGUUCGACCCCGAGGGCGUCGCUUUGGCGUUGAGGGUGCUCAGGAGCUUCCUGCACGGCUCGCAGCUCCGCGACGCUGCCCUCAGGGAGGGUGGAUUCGUGGGCGCACUCCAGGCCAUGUACUCUAGCGAGGCGGGAGACAAAAAGUGCGCGGUCGCGGUCGAACAAUUUCUGCUCGAGACUCACGCGAUGGGGGAGCCGUUUUCUUCCGCCGUGGAAGGCGUCAUCGCCCGCACCGAGGGUCUAAUGGACGGCAGCGCCGUCGUUGGGGAGCAGCUUUCCGACAUUUGCCGCGAAAUUGUGACCCGGGGGGAGUGA